AUGUACACCGUCCAUGCAGACGUGUUGCUGAAGAUGACGAAGGUCGAGCCACACGAGCAGUUGAAGGCGCGGGGCAAGCUCGUGAAGUUUACCGACGACUUGGGGCGAGCAGCUUUCGUGUCGCACCAGUGGCUUACGCAACUACACCCCGAUCCCGACUUCAAGCAGAUGCGCACCCUGCAGGCAGUAAGGCGAAUCCUGCAGAGCUCGGGAUCCCUCGGCCUGGAUAUCGUUACAGAAGCCAUGGUGCAAACGGCCAAGCCGCUUCCUUUGAAAGACUUUCAGGCCAAUGCAUUGUUCUUCUGGUACGAUUAUUUCUCGUGUCCACAGCUCCCCCACGCGACACUGGUCGUCGAAAAGACAUCUUCCACCCAAGCCGAUGCUAUCAGCAGCAUCCCAGCCUAUGUAGCCAGGUGCGCGUUUUUCCUUGCGCUUUGUCCGGUUCUCGACUGCACCGCCGAGGACAAGGUGCUCACAACAGCGACCUGGAGCAGCAGGGGGUGGUGCCGCCUCGAACGAGCUGCUCGGGAGCUGUCGUCAAACAGCAGUUGGAUUCUAAUUCGAAGCGAAACGUCCAUUGAAGCUGUUGGGACGGCGCUCUCGUUUCCGAGCGGCCCUGUUGGGCAAGGCGACUUCGGCGUUGAGGAGGAUCGCCAAAAGCUAGCCCCUGUGAUGCGGCGUAUCCUUAUGCAGAAGCUGGUCUACUGCCUGCGAGUGGGCGACCUGCCUGGAUUCCGGCGCCACUUAAACCUCCAAACGGUUCACCUGCGUGGUCUGGAGAUCGAGCCAAUAGCCGGCGUGCUUCCCAGCUGUGAGGCCCACGGCAAUGAUGCGGUGGCGGAGUUCCUUCACCAAAACGGCUUGAGGAGGGUCGGCAAGGCAGACAAAGCGGGAUGGUGUCCUCUGCACUAUGCUGCACUAGCCGGCAACACAGAGGUGCUGAGAGGCUUGCUGGAUCAGCGCGCCGACGUGAACCGGCGCACGUCGAAGGAUGAGCCAGUGCUAGGCCUUCCCCUUUGGCUAUCGGCACUGGAUGUGACGGUUCUUUACAAGCACCACGAGGCCACACGGUUGCUUGUCGGGGCAAGAGCUCAGCUUGAGGGCGGAACCGCUUCAGCUGUCCUCGCCGCGGCUUACGCAGACAAUCCAGAAGGUAUACGGGUGUUAUGCUCAGCAGGUGCUAGCCCACUAGCCCGGAACCUUCUGGGUUUCUCCACCUACCAAAAUGCAGCAGGCUUCGGAGCCACAGCAGCGUUAGAGCAGCUGGUGAUGCACACUCCUCCGGCCGCGCUGGAUCUUUCUCGAGCACUCAUCUCUGCUGCUGGAUUUCGGGGUGGGUCGGCAGGGCUGGUGCAGCGACUGAUCGCCCUCCGUGCCGACGUCGACAUCCAAACGAAUGUGACACGCGACAUCGGCACUGUCGGCCGGCUGCUUUUUGCAGCGAAAUCGUUCCAGCACCGACUCGGCCGUAAGACUGGCCUGACGGCUCAUGCCUAUCACUUCCAUGGCAGCACGCCGCUGAUGCAGGCCAUCCAGUCGGCUCAAUUUGAGGCCGCUGCAGCUCUGAUUGCGGCCGGCGCCAGACUGGACCUCCGCAAUGGCCGGAACUGGACAGCGGCGGAUCUUGCCCUGCACCAGACGAUCCCUGACUUUCUGAGGCUUGGCCUGCAAGGCGACCCGUCGGAGUGCCAACGAGUGUCCUUGCUUGCAUUGUCGCGAGACUACAUUUCGAUGUGA